AUGAAGAACGGAGUUUCCACAUUGAGCGCGACAGUAUUAGAGGCACAUGCGCUUGGUAAUACCAAGAUGUUUGACGUCAAGGUCUUUUGCAAAGGCAAGAGUAUUUCAGUGUACAAGAGCAAGGAGGAUUUCAAGAGUGUAUUGAACAUGUUUCGUCUUGUUGGUGCCAUGAGUCGUGGCAAGAGUGAUCGAUGUGAGAUCUGUGUCGCUUGUAGUACUAUGAGUCCGCUGCGUGUAUGCGACGAGGACUCUCUCGACACGUUUCUGGGCAACGUGCUGGCUAAAUUGCGAAAGGCUAAACCUGACGCCAUUGAGCAAUGCAGUACGCACCGUGGUGUCGUGCAGAUUCUCAUGAAUUUUCUCAAUGUGCGCAAUGGCAAGUACUUUUGUGAGCUGACGCCAGAAAUGGAGAAAGAGUUAUCACCCAUGAGCAAUCAGCAACAGGACGACAUGGAUUUGGAACAUCCAGUAUCAAGGUGCUCGCUCAAUCGCACUCUGUCGGAGCAAUUUGCAGCAAGCGAUUCAGUAUGCUAG